AUGAGUAGUGACUCGGCGGUCGGGCUGAGUGCAUGUGUCGUAUCAGUAGUAUGUUUCGGGUCAAUGUUCGUAGCGAUUCGUAAAUACAAGCCUGGGGAUGGAUUCUUCGUGCAAUGGGUCAUGUGUUCCGCCAUAUUUUGUGUUGGUGCCAUAGUGCACCUGUUGAGAGGAAGUCCACAAUUCCAGCCGGUUGCGAUGCUUGGGGGUGUGCUUUGGGCUAGUGGUAAGGCUAUAUGUAUAUUCAAAUUUUUUAAUUUUAUUUAAUUUUAAAAAAUUUCAAAAAUUUUUAAAACAAUUUUCAGGUAACCUAACAGCUGUGCCAAUCAUAAAUGCAGUUGGUCUAGGCUUGGGAGUCCUGAUUUGGGGCGUGGUAAACUGUGCAGUUGGUUGGGCAAUCGGUCGAUUUGGUCUUUUUGGUACACAUGCUUCAGUACCAGUCUAUGAAGCUGCCAAUUAUAUUGGUCUUGCGCUUGUUAUAGUGGGGUAAGUCGCCUUACUAUAAAUUGAUAACACUUUCAUUGAUAAGUAUAUAAUAUUGAUGCAAAAAGAAUGGCGCUUUUUACAAUUUUUUCGUUAGAAACCUCAAGUUUUUAAAUGAAAAUAAAAAAAUCUUUAAAUUUUUAGAGGCCUACUAUUCGCUCAAGUCAAAUCGCCUCCAGAAUCCGAAGAUUCAGAAGGCGGUUUACACAGAAACGACCAGUCGGAUCUCCCUCCAUCACCGUUACCUGGAGAUGAAGAAGAAGCAGCUGGACUGGUGGAGUCAACCAAUGAAGACCAGCCUCGACUAACACCUAGGCCAGCUACUGUCAGUCGGGAGAAGAUUGUGUGAGUUCAAAUUUUUUAUUUGAAAUUUUUAAAAAUUUUUUGUUUUUUUGCACCGUGCAAUGAAAAUUUUUUUUAAUUUUCAAAAUCUUUUUAAAUUCAAAAUUUCAGUGGUAUAAUCCUAUCAAUCUUUGCCGGAAUCUGCUAUGGCUCUACCUUCACCCCAGUCAUCUACAUCCAAGAUAAUCCAUCUCACUUCAUCAACCCUUCAAAGGACGCUAUCGACUAUGUCUUUCCUCACUUUACUGGUAUCUACCUCACAUCAACCGCCGCUUUCCUCGUAUAUACUGUAUAUCGACAGAAUCAACCCUUCAUCGACCCAAAAAUCUGCAUCGCCGCCUUCUGGGGAGGCAUCCUAUGGGCUACGGCUAUGUUGGCAUGGUUCGUGGCUAAUGACCGGCUGUCACAAGCUGUGACAUACCCAAUUAAUGGGAUGGUACCUGGAGUCGUGGCUACGAUAUACUCAGUGUUCUACUUCAGAGAGAUUAAGGGUCGACGGAACUUUCAGAUAUUGAUAACGGCCAUUGUGAUAACAUUGAUUGGCGCGGGUAUGGUAGGCUUGUCCAAAGAUGGACUCUAA